AUGAGAUUGGUGUUCAGACCAUUACUGAACUCAAAAAAAAGGAAUAAGGAGCGAAAGCCGAGAAACUUCACAGUAUGGAGAAAGUUGCAGUUCUCGGACCUAUGGCGAAAACGUUGGCAGAAAAGAUUUAGAGCUCCGCAAUCAGAAGAGUUUUACCAAAUUCUUGUACUUUUUCUUUCACAGUCUAUUGGUAUUGGACGUAAACGUCGAGCACAGUACUACAUUGAUGAUAAGCCUACCAGGGAUGAACUGAAGACAAAAGUCGGGGAGGUCUUAAAAAUGUGCAAAGCUCUAUCCAAAGAUGGUAAGAAUCCAGAAGCAAUUUCCGUUUCUCAGCAGUUUUUAGCAGUGUAA